CGAUGGGUGGAUUGAUUUCUGUCACGUGAGCGGCACGGUUCCUCGCGGCCUCGGGCGCUAAGGCAGUUGGUGGAAGUAUCGCUAGUUUUUAGCGGGGCGGGCGGUAGGCGUUGGACAGGUAGGCGCUGGCUGCUGCACCGGAAAGGGGGUGGGUCACAGGGCGAGUCGCUGCGCGGGCUCGCUAAGCCUCGUUCUGGCCCCAGAGUCGUCGUCGUCGUCGUCGUCUGCCGCCGCCCAACUGCCCCGGGGUUUGUACACCUGGGUGGGGCGGUGCCCUCCGCGCGCAGGAGCCGACUGCUGUGCGGGCGUCCCCCUCCUUCUAGUGCCUGGCUCUGCAGCAUAGCUGGAAAAAACAGCAGUUUACUGAAUCUCUUUAUUACCAACAUUGGACUGCACGUUCAGAUUAAAGUAUGGCAACGGAGAUCAACUUUCUAAGAGAUCAAAAUCAGAGACUAAAUGCAGCACUCAGACAGCAUCAAGCAGAGAACCUUCUGAGAACUACCUCUGUGCAAAAAAAUGUCCUAAGGGGUGAUGACACACUGAAACCGUGGCUGACUGACCAAAGCUUACUGUCCCCUCUAAUUUCUGAGUAUGAUAAACAUCUGGAGGAAAUGAGUGAACAGCUGCAGUAUUAUCAGGCACAGAUGGGCGAGAUGAGACUAAAACUUGAACAAGUCACCAAGGAAAAUGAAAGGCUGCAUGAGGAAUUGAAAGAGGCUGUUGAGAAGCAGCUGGAGGCCCUUCCUUCUGGCAUUCUCUUGGGGAGUGAUAUGUUUGCAGAUGAAGAAAUAGUAAGAAACCUUCAAGAUCAGUUACAACUAGCCAAUCAAGAAAAAGAGCAAGCACUAGAGCUCUGGCAGACAGUAUCACAGGAACUAGAUCAACUCCGGCGGCAGUACCAGGGACACAUGACUGAAGCACAGAUUCAUGUGGUAGAAAGGCAAAAGCAAAAAAAUCAGUUGGCUAGCUUUCAGCAACUGACUGAGCAACUUCAUUUAGCCAAUGAGAAAACAGAGUUGACUAACCAACAAUUUUUGAAAACAGUAACAGAACAGAAUAUGGAACUAGAACAGCUACGCAAACAACUGAGGCAAGCCAAAGUAGAUGUGAGAACAGCAACUGCUAAAGUUGAUGAAAUGACCAAAUUGUUAGUGGACCUUCAAGCCCAGAUGGAGAGAAAGGAAGAAGAUGUAGUAUCUGCUCAGGAGAGAGAGGAAGCAUCAGACAAACGCUUGCAGCAGUUGCAAUCUAGCAUAAAACAAUUGGAGACAAGAUUAUGUGUAGCUGUACAAGACUCUGAACAGUUGAGAACAGAGAGGACUGCUCUAGAAAAACAAACUAGAGAGCUACAGGCAAAGUGUGCAGAUCUAGAAGAGGAAAAAUAUGAUGCUAUAGUAAAAGUCCGAGACAGCAUGCAACUCUUAGAAGAAGCUAACCUACAAAAAAAUCAGGCCCUGCUUGGAGAGAAGCAAAAAGAAGGGGAGAUAGAAAAUAUGAAAGAAGCAAUUUCUCAGCUUGUACAAGAUGCUGCUGCAAGAACUAAAAAGGAAGUAGAGAAUUCAAGGAAGCAUUACAAUAUACAGAUUUCUCGAUUAACAGAAGAACUUUCUGCUCUUCAAAUGGAGUGUGGAGACAAGCAGAGUCAAAUUGAACGGGCCAUUAGAGAGAAGCGAGCAGUGGAAGAAGAACUUGAGAAAAUUUACCGUGAAGGCAGAGGAAGUGAAUGUGAUUACAGAAAACUGGAGGAACUACACCAAAGGUGUCUGAUAGCAGAGCGUACAAAAGAUGACCUUCAGCUGAGUCUACAGACAGCACGAAACAAAAUUAAACAACUGGAAAUGAACUCCGAGGAAGAGAUAUCUCGUUGCCAGGAAAUGGUUCGCAAUCUGCAAAGCAUUCUGGAUUCUGAAAGAGAAAACUCUGGCUCUAUUAGUGAACAAAGACUAAAACUUCAUCAAGAAAAUGAACAGUUGCGUAAAGAAGGAGAGGACUUGAGGAAACUGGUCAUGGAGGCACAACAAAAAGCUAAAUUAAAGAUAAGCACAAUGGAACAUGAGCAUUCAGUGAAGGAGCAUGGGUUUGAAGUUCGACUGAAAGAGAUGGAAGUCACUAAUCAAAAUUCCACUGUUGAACUGAGACGUCUGUUGGUGGCUCAGCAAAAAGCGACAAACCGGUGGAAGGAGGAAACAAAGAAGCUUACAGAAACUACAGAAACCAGGAUCAGUAAUCUGAAAAGCGUGCUGAGUCGACAGAAACUUCAUACACAAGAGCUGAUUUCUCAGCUGGAAGUGGCAAAUGAAAAGAUAGCUGAGAAUGAAAAAUUAAUGAUGGAGCAUCAAGAAAAAGUCAACAGACUUCAAAGGCGACUAACACAGGCAGAACAGAGGGCAGCUACAGCAUCUCAACAGCUCAAUGUGAUUACUGUGCAGAGAAAAAAAGCUGCCUCCAUGGUGGAUCUAGAAAAUAUUUAAAAAAUAUACUUUGUUCAUUCACACCACUUAAGAAUUGGAAAAUCUGUCAGAGAAAUACAGAAUUGGAGCAUUAAAGCCUAUAGCGCAUAGGCAUACUUGUGUAAUUUGCAUGAACAUUUUCCAUUCUGUUUGCACAUGGGGAAAAAAGCUCACAGUAAAUACAGGAAUGAGAAUAUGCAAAAUAAUAUAAUGACCUCUUAUGUAAAAUGAAGCCCACAUUCAUCAAUGUAAAAUUACAAGCGUACUGUGCAUAGUGUGGGUUUUUUUGAUUUAAUGGCAAUCAUGACAAAGUAGUAUUAAAGAAAUGUAUACCAAUGUGCUGACAAUUAUAAACACCUCUACUCUGUAUGUACAAAUGAUUUGUUUAAUUAUAUUUUGUAUGACAUUUUCUUAAUGUACAAGUGCAAUGUAAUAAUUUAUGUACUUUCUAAACAGAUUGUGUGCAUGGGAAGGAAUGGGCUGCAUCCUCUUUGGUGAAUGAAACUGAGAAACUAGUUAUGUCCUGAGUUUCAAAUAGUGGGUGUAUGUGGUAGUUUUGCCUUGACUUUCAGUGUUGUGCAGUACAGUAUUUGUGGGUUUUUUCAGUUUGUUUCCUCCAUGAUACCCAUUGAAAAUAGUAAAAUGUAGAUACUAAUGUGGUCUCUGGUACUCCAGGUUCUUCCCAGUUGUACUUCUUACUCUAAUUACUACUUCACAGUUGUGCCUUACCUCUGUGAUCAGCUUCUUUUCCUGGUAUGCACAUGCAUGGGAACCUGUGGCAACUGUUAUUCCUAGCAGCAACACUGUACAACAGGCUAGGCAAAGUCAUACAGAAGAAUAUGUAGCAAUUAUGUUACCCCCCUUUACUCUUUCAGAUCAAAAUAUUCAUUUUAAUUCCACAAAAUAAGGGUUCAAGGACUCUCUUUAGAUUACAUUUUGUCCUUUUUGCUUUGAGGAUGGCAAAUUCUAUGCAAUUAUUCUAUAAAGGGCUUUUGAAGGAAAGUUAGUAUAUUAGACUCUUAACUGUUUUCUCUUUAAGCAUAUAUAACAUUUGAAAAUUCAUUUGACAGAUCUUGGAAGUCCAUUGUCUGAAGUAAGUGAUUUUAAUUUCUUGUGUGUUUAUUUGAAGGUUUUCACAAUACUGUAUAUUUUCUCCUCCCUCUUAACAUAUUUACAAUAUAAAGGACAAUGAAACUUAAAUUUAUUUGGACUGAUAAUUCAUCCAUGCUUACCUGAAAAUUUCCUUUCUUUGAAAAAGAUGCAUAGAUUUUUACAGUGGGUCUUCAGCCUGCUUGCAUCUUUGGGGCAGAACCAGACUGUCAGUCACUUGAGGUAGGAGUCUCUCCUGCCCACAGAGUCUGUCAGUUAAGACAACUUCCAUAACCAAGGAUAAUUCUCCUCAUUUAAUAAUCUAAGAAAAAAACUGUACUUAAGAAAGAAUAACUACAGCUGUCUCCUGCUGCGGAGCAUAGUUUUAAUCAAUCACUUCCUCAGUUUGAUGUAUCCCAGUGCCAAGCCCGAUUUAUAACAAGGGAGGGCUGGCUCUGUGAACCUAUUACUCAAAGUUGGUUUUCAAGUAUGCAUGGAUCCACCUUCCUGUUUCUUCUUAUACCUUAUUAGCCACCACAUAUCUCCAGUGAAUAUUUGUUCCCAAAUAAUAGGCAAGGCUUGCAGCAUGCCAUAAAUAUCACUAAAAACCUAGACACUAAAGCAAAAGAGAAAGUUAAUUUGAAAACCUGUGGCCCCUCACUGAGAAUACCUCACUUGCUGUCUGUCUGUUUGCAUUUAAACCAGGGAGCCUGAGCACUUCAGCUGGUCCUCUCAUACAGAGCUACUUUUUACUAAAUAUGCAAAUUUUACAGUAUCUGCUUUAAUCUUCUGUCCUUGUCACAUCACAGUGCUGCAAUUCAUAUACUGAAUUCCUAAAAGCCCAUCUUCAUACAAGAGAAAAGCCACCUGUUUUCUCAUAUCACUCUAUUUUAUUGCCACAAUCAGCAACAGAUGGGAGUAAAAUUGAAAGAAGGUCCUAAAAUCAAAGGAAUAUGAUGUAUUUAAUGAGAAAAAAGCAUUCUCUGGUUCUAGUAAAUUAAAGAUGGCUUAUUGAAAUGUUUACAGUUCCACAGAUGAUGACCAAUAAAUCCAAGCUAGAGAACGACUCAGCACUACUUGAGCCAUUUCUCAUCAAUGCAGAGGCUGGCGUGGGUCAAGAAGGGGUGAUUUCUAAUGCUCAGACCACAGGCUGUACAUCAUGAAUCAGAGAGAUACAAUUGCCCCUUCUGUGCACAUUUUGCCUGAGGUUGCGUACUGGUGAUAUAUUGGAACUUGUAAAAUAGCUUACAUUUAGGGAAUAUGCAGUUGAGGUAUGAAGCUAUAAAAGAAUAGAGGCAACUAAUACAAACCAAAAAGGUCUGGGUUGAUACUGCUGUUCAAACUGCAAGCAUCCCCAGCUUUCAGUUCAAAAUGGUGUGUUGAUUACAGCUCUUUUAUUACUGAGGGAAAUUAACACAUAUAUUGACAUCAUAAUUAUAGGCUGUACUGCCUUAUAAAGGUUGUUUGACAAUUCCCUUUAUAAGACCCUGUUUUCAGUUGCUUUAUAACCCUGCUAAACUUUUUGGAAAGUUUCAGCCAAAACAAUUCAGCCAUUUUCAAAAACAAGGCUAGGGCUGGGUACAUUUUGCUGAUAUUAAGAUUGUCAGGAUUUGUUGACUUUGAGAAUGACUCUAGCACCCCCGUGCAGGAAGUUGAAAUUUAGUAGAGGGUAGCCUUUGUGUCAGGCAUGUGUCUUCUGCCUUGCCCUUAAAAAUCUGUCCAAAUUUGACCAAGGCAUAAGACUGAAAAAACCUCAAUUCAUACAUGCUCAGUAGAGACUUCCUAAAACAGUUUAAUUUUCUAAAGAUUCCAUCUUCCCUGAGCAUGAUUUUCCUUGCAAUUGCAAUUUCUGGAUGCCCUGGGUUGUGGUGGGUCCAGGCAUUGGAGUUGAGAGCAGGGAGCCUCUCUCUCCUGUGUGCUCUAAAGGUACAAAAUGGACCUGCUCUAGCGAUUAAAUGGCUGUGUUCUAGAGGAGGCUGUUGAACAGUCAGAAGGUAUAUAGACUCCAACUUGUGGGGCUGUAAAAUUACAGCUAAACGUUCAGGCUUGGGCUGGAGCCCAGAGCUGUGGGUUCCCACAAAUGUCUACACCACAAUUUUACAGCCCCACAGCCUGAGCCCCCAACUGACUGACUCAGGCCAGCCAUAGUUGUUUAACUGCUGUGUAGACACAUCCUAAUUGUGUGUCCCUUGUGUUCUGGCUGCCUGACUUAAGAUCCUGAGGUCUGAUUUUUUUUUUAUUAGUGCUGAGGACUCACAGCUGUUACUGAAGUCAAUGGGAGCAUCUUCUUUGAACAUAUAAAGUGCUGUAUAAUAACAUUAAAUACUCUGAAAAAUGAAGUCUUACAUUGGGUACCCAAAAUUAGUGGAUACUUUUUACCUUAAUUUAUCUCUGCCUUAGUUCUCCAUUUAUAAAAUGGGGGUAAUACCUCCAUCUCAUAGGGAUGCUGUGCAAAUAAUAAAUUCAUCAUUUUAUGUGAAACACAGAUACUGUUAGCGAUGAGCUCCAUGGCCCAGGAGGAAAUUAAUAAUUUGUCUUCAGAAUAGAGUUUGAAUAAUGUGCAGUAAAUAAGGCAUGGGGCCAUACAUUGAACAAUGAAUAGAAUAAAAUAUUGAAUAGCUGUUCAUAAAGUGAACACCAUCCAGUCUGUGCACUGAAUGAGGCAGAGGUUCUGGGGGAGAAAAUAGGGUGUAACCCUGUAAUUAAAGACUAAUUCUUAAUGCAUUUACAGAAGGGGGUUGAAUUAAGGUUGCACAGGCAACCUGCUCUAGGGAUUAGAGUUGUGUUCUAGAGGAGGCUGUAAUGAACAGCCUGUAACAAACCUGAAUAUGUGGAAGCCCAUACAGUAAGUUACAUACCCAACAUACAGUAAGUUACAUAAAUGAUUUGGUGAACUUGCCACUGUACCAGUAAGAGAUCAUGGAUAUGUAACAUUCCACAUACAGAAACAUUCAGAGGUACACUUGUAAAAUGUAAAGAAAUAGGCCUCUUUCUGUUUAUAACAAAACUACAUUUCUGCAUUCUGUAGAUUUUUGGCUAUUUUAACCAAACUGCCAAACUUUUAUGAAGAUUUCUAUUUGCCUUUCACUUGUUCCAUAAAGCAAACCUAAGAUGAUUUAAAGUUCAAAGUGCAGUUUUGGACAGCAAAGAUAGCAAAGUGACUUAGAAGGGAAUCUGGUAUGUAUUUUUUUUUUUUAAGUUUAUACUCCAUUUUAGCAACUUACUGUAGGCCAGUGUGUCAGCCCUUUACUAACACUGCUGAACAAAUAAUCACAGGUAGAUUCACUGAUUUCAGAAAAAUUACUUGUUUAAGAAAUUGUUCACCAAAAAUGAAUAAAGGAGAGGUCAUACUCUGACCUUUAACAAUUAAAUAAUGUUUUACUACUGUUGGCACUCUAGAGCCAAUACAGGGAAGAAUGAGCUAUAUCUUGGUCUUGCAAGCACCUCAGGCACCUUCCAGUUUCAAAAACUUCAACUACUAAUGCUAUGAAUAAGAGAGAAGAUAUGGCAAGCACUGAGUAAGUAUUACAAUCAUAUCACUCUAGACAUAUAAUAAUAAUAAUAGCAUUUCAUUACUGGAUAAGCUAAAUUUCAUAUAGUAAUAGCAUUUCAUUACUGGAUAAGCUAAAUAUAUAUAUAAUGACUGGGCACCAAACAUGACAAUUGUUGAUCACAAUGGUCCAAAUCCUGGAAACACAAAUGUGCUUAAAGCACAUGAGCUUACAGCAAUGAGACAGCCUAUAUGCUUAAAGUUAAGCAUGUACAUAUAUGCAGGAUGUUUAUUUUAACUUUGCUUAGAUAUCAUGGCAAUGAAUACAGUAUAUAAACCUGAACAGAAUGGACAAAAGUGGGGAUUUUAAAAUUGAACACUGCCAGUCUAUUGCAAAAUGUACAGCAUUUAUUCACAUACAGACAAAAAGGCACAAUUCUACUAAAUAUUUUAACAAAAAAAUACAGCUGUCUUCAACUAGAUCUUUAUAAAUACUUCAGAAAAGGGGGAAAAUAAAUACAGGUUUGGGCCAAGUAAUAUAAAAUAGUCAUCUCUACAUAUACUUUUUAUCUCUGAUCCUAUCGGUUUCUUGUCAUGCACCUUUUUUUUUAAAUUUUAGCUGAAUGGACACCAAAGCUAGGCACAUAGUGAAAAAUCUUCUGUACAAGAUUUUACAAAUGUAAUGACAAUUUUUUUCAAAUUUUUAAAAUAAUAAAGAUUUGCACACA